AUGGCGGGGAGCUUCUUAAAAGGACACUUACUCUCCGCAUUCGACUACAAGACCAAAAAAUUCAUUGUCGCCAAAAAUAAGAAAGUUGGAGUUCUGUACAGACUUAUUCAGUUAUCCAUCAUCGGUUACAUCAUCGGGUGGGUUUUCCUGAGCAAGAAAGGCUACCAGGAGACGGACGAGGCCAUCCAGAGCUCCACCAUAACGAAACUGAAGGGAGCCUCAAUGACGAACACCACUGAGUCCGGUCUGCUGGUGUGGGGACCGGAGGAUUACGUCAUCCCGCCACAGGGUGAAGCUGUUCUGUUUGUCGUCACCAAUUUCUUGGAGACGCCAAACCAGGAGCUGGGACACUGUGCUGAGAGCCGUAAAGUGCUGAAUGGUCACUGUCGAGGGGACGAUGACUGUGAAGAGGGGAAGAUGGUGGCGGCUGGUAACGGAAUUAUGAGUGGCAGGUGCUUGAGAAAAGACGACAACUUAACGAGUACCUGUGAAAUCUACGGCUGGUGUCCCAUUGAAAGACACUUCAAGCCACAAGGCCCGCUGCUCACACAUGCUGAAAACUUCACCAUCUACAUCAAGAAUUUCAUCCAUUUUCCCAAAUUCAACUUUUCAAAGUCAAACGUUUUGGAAACAACGAACAGCUCCUAUUUGAGGACAUGUCGAUUUGAGGAGGAGCUCCACCCGUACUGCCCCAUAUUUCGCCUGGGUGACAUCAUCAGACGUGCUGGAUACAACUUCGAGGACAUGUCCACAUUUGGCGGCUCCAUCGGCAUCAUGAUAGAGUGGUACUGUGACCUCGACAAAGGCGCCUCCAGCUGCAACCCGCAGUACCGCUUCAACCGCAUGGACAUCAGCGUCUCCAAGCACACCAUCGCACAAGGGUUCAACUUCAGACACACUCGGUAUUUUAAAGAUGCCACUGGUGGGAUCCAUCGAUCGCUAUUCAAAGUCUACGGUAUCCGAUUUAACAUCAUGGUGCACGGGAAGGCCGGGAAGUUCAGCAUCGUCCCGACGCUCAUAAACGUUGCUUCAGGGGUGGCUUUGAUUGGCGCCGGAGCGUUCGUCUGCGACAUGGUCCUCCUCUACUUCAUUAAGAAGGGCGACUCCUACCGGGAAAGGAAGUUUGAAGGAUCCAAAAAAAGGAAAUCAACAUUUGAAGACAACAGUGUGGAGGACAGAAAAAGACCCACGGAGCAGGCCAACCUGACGUCGUAGUCUUUAUGUGUAAUACGCCUAUGAUGGUUAUAUUGUACAACCCGAUAUGAUGAAAAUGAGACACAGCUCUUUGUUUAAUAGGUUUUAUCUUAAUAUGUAUAUGUUUUAAGAUGCAAACUUGCCUUUAGUAUGAGCUCUACUUUCAGGGAUUUAAAAAGUGAACAUGUUUCAGUAACAUGGUCUGAAAACAUGUGAGGAAACAGAUAUGGCGACUCUAAUAUACACAUAUACGAGUUAUUAUAAGCUUUAUUUGGACUUUAAAAAUGUAAUUUAAACAAUUCAAAUAAUUGUUUAGACCACAUAGGCCUCACAUAGUGGCUCUGUGUUUAUGCUACAUAUCACUGAGGUGUAUACAGUAUAUAUACAUGUAUAUAUAUAUAUAUAUAUAUACUGGACAAAACCCACUCACACACGAGGACAACACGCAAAUUCACGUUAACGUUUUACCUUAAAUCAAUCUUCCAUUUUAAUAACUACAUUGAUUUUUGCUUGAUUUGGGGUGCUGUAAUGUUGUGAAUCUGAUUUUAAUAUAGACCUCAUGAGGUGAACAAAGUACUUUUGUUUUUUGUGUGUGUGUGUUUUGAAGACAUUUGAAGCCAAACCAUGAUUUUUAUUUAUUACUAAACUAGUUUUGGAGCAUUUUUUGGUUUAGUUUAAUUUCAAUUGGAGAAAAUAUGUUUUCUUUCAACAUAAUUAAGGGUGCAGUUUGGCAGUGUGGGAGUGUCAUUUAGUAGAAGACAGCGUUGGGACCCGCUGUCUCCAGAGGCCUCCACCACUGCCUGCACGCUCUAUAUUUACACCUCUGGCGACACCUUGUCUGCAGUUUGUUUCUUGGCUUUUCUCCAGCGCGACUUUAACAGUCCUUGUUCAAAUACUGUAUGAAUGACAAAGUUGUGUUGAGCUGAACUCUUGACACGACCCCGCUUAAUUGUGUUUAAGGGGACAUCAGUGGGCUGGUAAUAACAAUAGAAAAAAAUUAUUGAGAGUUUUAUUCUCCAUAACAGAAGAGUACUCAAGAUCUUGAAAACAACACACUGGUUUUUCUAAAGACUUUGUUUUCCCCCCUUAAAAUUAAAACAAGUAAAACAUG